AUGCCCAACGGAGGUUGCGGAUGCUGCGGUGGAAAUAACUACUCCGUGUGCUGCUACAGCAGCCCCAAGUGCUGCAAGAUGCCGUGCUGCCCACAGUACUGCUGCCCCAUGCAGAGCUGCUGCAUGCCCAUGACCUGCUGCUACAGCAUGAGCAACAACAGAGGCUGCUGCGGUGGCAGUGGUGGCUGCUGUGGUGGCAACUAA